AUGGCGACUGAUAGCAAAUCCAAGUCCACUUCCGCAGCCAAUAAGUCCAAGAAGGGGAAGCAACGGUAUCUCCCUCACAACAAAGCGGUGAAGAAGAAAGGGUCGUACCCAUUACACCCUGGAGUGCAAGGCUUCUUUAUUACUUGUGAUGGUGGCAGGGAACGCCAAGCCUCUAAUGAGGCCAUUAACGUUAUUGACUCUUUUUAUGAAGAGCUAGUCCAUGGGAAAGGUUCAGGAUUAAAGCUUUCUGAGGAACACAAACCUUCAAAUAAGAAGAUUAAAUUCUCAUAUUCUGAUUCUUCUAGUAGUGAUGAUGAUGAUGAUCAUGAAAACAAACAGGCGGGAGAGGACAAGGCAGAAGAAGAACAAGAAAAUGGGGUGGAUGAAGAGAAUAAAUCUGAUACUCGUGGAGAUGAUGCUAGUCAUGAUAAUCCAACAACUGAGAAAUCAGAUCACCAGAAGAAGGAUGAUGGUAGUCAUGAUAAUGCGACAACUGAGAAAUCAGAUCACCAGAAGAAAGAUGAUGCUAGUCAAGAUAAUGCAGCAACUGAGAAAUCAGAUCACCAUAAGAAAGAUGAUGGAUGCGAUGGAAAUAAAACUGAGGAAAAGAUUAAAGACACUAAACAGGACAAUGUUAGUAAGGAAAUUUCAGCAAAUGAAGCUGAGGAGCCACCAGCAAAGAAACAAUGUCUAGGAACAAAUUCAUCAAAAUGUACGAUCCCAUAUGAAGUGGAAGAGAAGUCCAUUGAUAAGCUUAUUGAAGCUGAGCUUCAAGAACUGGGAGAUAAGAACAAGAGGCGCUUUAUCAGCCUUGAUUCUGGUUGCAAUGGUGUUGUCUUUGUCCAAAUGCGGAAGAGAGAUGGAGAUCCUAGCCCAAAGGAUAUAGUGCAGCAUAUGAUGGCAUCUGCUGCUGCAACCAGGAGACACAUGUCCAGGUUUAUCUUAAGAGUAUUGCCUAUUGAAGUAGCGUGCUAUUCUUCUGAAGAGGAUAUUACAAGAGCAAUCAAACCACUUCUUGCACAACACUUUCCAGUGGAAACUCAGAAUCCUCAGAAGUAUGCAGUCCUGUAUGAAGCCCGUGCAAAUACUGGUAUUGACAGGAUGAAAACCAUAAAUGCAGUGGCAAAAGCCGUGCCUGGGCCUCACAAAGUUGACCUUAACAAUCCGAUAAGACCAUUGUUGUUGAAAUUGUGA